UUGGUACGUCCUCGAACUUUCCAGAGAAAACUCGGACCAAUAUAACCAAAUCCUCCCCUUAGAACGUUCCAGACACACAUCACUUCUAUAAACCCCCUUUCGAGUCCUUUCUUAUUUCGUUCACUGCUUCAUCACCUUCUCUCAAGCGUAACUUUUGUCGAUCUGUGUUCAGCUUCAUUGAUAUUUUUCUUGGACUAUGCCAAGCCGAUCAACCGGAACCAUAACCCAAGACUGGGAACCGGUGGUUCUACACAAGAACAAGCCUAAGGCCCAGAAUCUGCGCAACCCAAAGGCCGUGAAUCAGGCACUCCGAUCAGGAGCAGAGGUCCAGACGACCAAGAAGUUUGACGCCGGAUCGAAUAAGAAAAACGCUCCGGUUGUCAACACGAGGAAGCUGGAUGAAGAAACCGAGCCGGCGGCUCUGGAGAAGGUACGCGCAGAGGUGAGAACAGCCAUACAGAAGGCUAGGCUGGAGAAGAAGAUGAGCCAAGUGGAUCUUGCGAAGCAGAUUAACGAGCGGCCACAGGUGGUGCAGGAGUACGAGAACGGGAAAGCGGUGCCGAAUCAGGCCGUGCUGGCGAAGAUGGAGAGAGUUCUAGGCGUGAAACUCAGAGGAAAGAUCAGCGGCAAGUAAGGAUUGAAGGACUCGAAGAUUGCCAUGCCACCAUUUAGCCAUGUUCAGUUGAUGUGGACGGUAAAAAGAUGUAAAAUGAAAAUUAGCGUGAUCAACGGCCUGUGAAAUUAAACAUUAUUCUGGAAACGGAUCCACUCAUCUGAAGGUGCUGGAUGGAGACAAAACUCAGAUCAUGACAAAGAUUUCGUGAAACGAGCAGAGGAUUCUAGAAACUCAUUCAAGCUCGAGACAAUUCAAGUUGGCGAACAUCAUUUACUGAUAGCAUCCAGAUGAGAAAAAUAUAUGCAGUGAUGUAAAUAUUUUCAAGAACAAGAACCUGCACUCAAAAUAUUUCUCUUGCGCCCUGUUCU